AUGUUUUGUGCAAUUUCCGGAGAGCCUCCACAAGAACCAGUCAUUUCUAAAAAAUCAGGUCACGUCUUCGAGAAAAGCCUAAUUCUUAAGUAUAUCACUUCAAAUGGCAAGGACCCAAUUACAGGAGAAGAAAUAAGUGAAGACGAUUUGUUGGAACUUAAAAUAAGUCCGGACACAGUCAAACCUCGCCCGCCCACCUUGACUUCAGUUCCUUCCUUGUUAUCUACUUUCCAGAAAGAAUGGGACAGUUUGAUGCUGGAGACUUAUACCAUUAAACAGCAAAAUCAACAAUUACGACAAGAGUUAAGUCAUGCUUUGUAUAUGCAUGAUGCCGCUUGUCGAGUAAUUGCGCGACUAAUAAAAGAGCGCGAUGCUGCACGAGAAGAGCUGGCAAAUGUACAGACUCAUAUUGGUGUGCCCCCUCCAACAGAUACUGCUGUCACAGAACCGAUGGAAGUAGAAGACGAAGGAGCAAGAGGCAUCAAUGAGAAAGUCAUUGAAAAACUAGAUGAAACCAGUAAGGAACUAUCAAAAAAUCGCAAAAAGAGAAAACCACCGCCAAAUCUUACCAGUCCUGAUGACAUUAAAAGUUUCACACAAAUCUCUCAAAAACCUUCCCUCCACAAAACUACUCGCCCGGGUAUCAAUUGCUUGGAUCUCGAUACUACCGAGCAAUUUGUUUUGACUGGUGGUAAUGAUAAGAUUGUACAUAUUUAUAAUAGAGAGGAGGACAAAGUCGUGGAUUCAUUAAAAGGACAUACGAAGAAAAUCACGGAUGUUAUGUGGCAUGGUAGAGAAUCGGGAGACCUUGAUAUCGUGUUUUCUGCUAGUGUUGAUAAGACUGUGAAGAUAUGGCGACCUUCGGAUAAUGGGUAUUCCGAAAGUAAGAGUAUAAAUGUUCACACUCAUGAGGUGACAGGAAUUGCGAUGCAUGCCACAAGAGACUACUUUGUGUCUGUGUCACUUGAUUCAUCUUGGGCUUUUCAUGACAUUGAAACUGGAAAUAACCUAAUAAAGGUUGAAAGUAACGACGUACAAAAGGGCUAUUCUGCUGUUGAGUUUCAUCCCGAUGGGCUUAUUUUGGGAACUGGCACUAAAGAUUCUGUAGUUAGGAUUUGGGAUAUAAAGAGUCAAACAAAUGUUGCUUCAUUUGAUGGUCACUCUGGUCGUAUCACAUCGUUAUCAUUCUCUGAGAAUGGCUAUCAUCUUGCCACCGCUUCAGAGGAUAAUCUUGUCAAAUUGUGGGAUUUGCGAAAGCUCAAUAAUUUCAAAACUAUUACUUUACCUGAUACGGUGAAAGCAAUUAAUAAAGUUACUUGGGAUCUUAGUGGCCAAUAUUUGGCCGUCGGUAGCACGGAUCUUAGGAUAUUCCAAGCGAAAUCUUGGAAUGAACUUGCGUUUAUCACCGAAAGUCCAGGAGAAAUCUAUGAUCUAAAGUUUGGUGGAUUAGCGAAAUUCGUUAUGGUUGGUGGAUCAGAUCGUAGCCUACGAAUUUAUGGCGUGCCUACCGAGGAAUAA